UAUUAACUUGAUUGGCACGGAUAGUAUUCUUCACUGGCAUCUACUACCCCAAAAUGCAUUUAAUCCCUGUAAUUUUGAAGGCUUCAGUAACAGUACUCCUUUGGCCUUUUUUCUUUUGCUUGUAAACAGUCAUUUUCUUCCUGGCCCCAGAUUUUGUCCUUGCUGACUCUAUUUAUAGUCUGAGCCACCCUUUGUGUAUUUUCAAUUAUAACAUUGUUUCUGCUGUCUGAUCUUCUCUGCCAUUCAACCUGAUCUGCAAUCUCUGUUUUGCUUGUACAUUGGAUUUUGUUUUCGUAUAGCUGUACCUACUGGUCCACUACAAAUUCUGUCAACGGCUCAGGGCUGUAUUGUGUUUGGGAAAAAAAGAUCCUUUUUGUCAUUUACUUGCUCUGAUCGCUAGUAUUGAUUGAAAUGGGUGCUCUGGAAUAUGUUGUAAGGCUGCUUAAUGGCCGCACUAAACGCAAGAGAAAGCAGAUGCAGACUGUGGAGCUAAAAGUAAGAAUGGACUGUGAAGGCUGUGAGAGGAAAGUUAGGAACUCUGUUUCUUCCAUGAAAGGGGUUAGAACAGUAGAUGUAAGCAGGAAGGAGCAUAAAGUGACUGUGACAGGGUAUGUUGAUAGGAACAAGGUCUUAAAGAGAGUGAAGGCCACAGGCAAAAGGGCAGAGUUCUGGCCCUAUGUUCCUUACAAUCUGGUUUACUAUCCUUAUGCUGCUCAGACUUAUGAGAAGAAGGCACCUGCUGGUUAUGUCCGAAAUGUGGACUACUCAUUCCCAAAUCCCAACCGAACUGAUGAGAAGUACACCGCACUCUUCAGUGAUGACAACCCAAAUGCCUGUUCUGUUAUGUAAAUGUCUUUUAGUCUGGUCCAAUGUUUCUGGUCUCACUAUUAGAUCCAUCACCAUGGCAUCCGCUUGAAGCCAAUGCUUAAGGUUUUCAUAACAAAAUAAAAGGUGGCUUUGUCUCUAUAAACUCUCUAGUAAGAUUUACUCUGAGAUAGACUAGUUGGUGUUGUUUGUCUGUAAGAAGAUUCAAGCAACUGGUUGUAAACUGAUGCAUCUCACACCACGUCUUGGAUCUUCCACCAUUUUUCCUCCUUUGAUCGGUAUUACAAUGUAAACAGAGGCUUUAUUUUGAAGACUUAUGUUGCUUUAUAUGAGUAAAUACUGUACUAGUUUAAUUUUA